ACGCAUUGAUAGGUAUCCGCCACAUGUCAAUCACAGCCGUCCAAUUUGUGUCUCCGAUCUGCGACUACGAUAUGAAACCCGCAUUGAUAGCAUUCCUCAACAUCAGGCACACAUUUCUGAGGUUCAGUUUUCUCUCCUCAACAUUGUCUCCGGCGGCAGCGAUAAUAGCGGUGGCGAUGGCGUCAGAGUCGGUGCAGUGCUUCGGGCGGAAGAAGACGGCCGUUGCGGUUACGUACUGUAAGCGCGGCCGCGGCCUGAUCAAGGUGAACGGGAGCCCGAUCGAGCUGGUGAAGCCGGAGAUCCUCCGCUACAAGGCCUUCGAGCCCAUCCUCCUCCUAGGCCGCCACCGAUUUGCCGGCGUAGACAUGCGCAUCCGCGUGCGCGGCGGCGGGAAGACCUCCCAGAUCUACGCGAUCCGGCAGAGCAUCGCGAAGGCGCUGGUGGCCUUCUACCAGAAGUACGUCGACGAGCAGUCCAAGAAGGAGAUCAAGGACAUCCUCGUCCGCUACGACCGCACCCUCCUCGUCGCCGACCCCCGCCGCUGCGAGCCCAAGAAGUUCGGCGGCCGCGGCGCUCGCGCCCGCUUCCAGAAGUCCUAUCGUUAGUUCCCCAUUCCGAUCUGUGGAGCCACCAGUGACCGGAUACAUGCAUUGACUAUUUGGCAAAUCAAUGUUUCAGUGAUGGUGAACCUUGAUCAGUAUGUGGGUAUACUUCUUAAUCUAUCCUAUCUUGUAUGAAGCAUCUGUUUAGAAGACUGCAUGCUUACUACCAUUAACAGUCGGUAAUCACAUUUCCUAGCUUAAGAUCUCAGGGCUGAAAAAAAUUGUAUUUGCUUUUAAGAGCUAUACUAUCAUAGGCAAUUUGCAUUGUAUCAUCUUUAGCCCCUGGAUAUCGAACGCGAUGCCAGGGACUACAAACCUUAAUCUCUCCUCCCAGGCCAUCAGGUGCUUAAUUCACUCGGUAAUCCGGGUUGGAAAAAGUUGACUCAAGUCUGAUAUCAGGUGACCUGUUUAUUGGUCGGAUGGUUCACACGAUUCUGACCAAAACCUGUAUCUGAUCCAAUGUGGAAGAAGUCGCACUGACUAUUUGAGGAAAGGGGUGGCCGCUCUCUCUCUCUCUCUCUAGGCAAUUUUGUAGUGAGUCAAACAUAUUGUUUUCAUCUUGUCGGGCUGGUUGUUAUCUGUUUAUCGAACGAGUUGAACAUGUUAUUUAGGGUGGCAUCACUUGUUCAGAAAAGUGGUUGGAUCAAGACUUGGGUGUUCUAUUUGUUUAUUAAGCAGGUUAGGUUUGAAUCGGCCAUUAUCUUCUAAUGCCCAGCCAUGAAGAGACAUGAGCAUGAUGGUGUUAUUAUGGUGAGGUAGUUCAGAUGCAAGAUUCCUUGGAUAUUAUGGUGAAUUUGGUUCAAUUUAACUCAUUCAUAGUUUUUCUUCUAGGAACAUGAGCAUGAUUGUGUGACUACAGAAGUAUUGAAAACAAGAAGGUGAAGUUGCAGAAAUGAAGUUUAAAUCAUAUUCAUUUUUGGUACUGGCAGUUAAGAGAAACUACAUGAUCAAAGAAUUCUUGAAGGGAUUCUUUUCCUAUCUUUUGUUGGCUAUGACUUACGAUAAAAGAAAAUAAAAAAAAAAGCUUGAUUAAUCAA